GAAAGGAGCUUCCUGUUGCUGUCAUGGGAAUCUUUGCGAAGCGCACCAAAACAAAAACGCGACGGCGAGUUCGCGAUCUCGACCAGAUUAAGGCCGACCUCACGUCACCCAGGCACCUACAACUGUACAAGGAGACCAAGGCCGCUGAGGACCUGCCGGGCUUUGGCCGCCAUUACUGCAUUGAAUGCGCAAAGUGGUUCGAGACCGAGACGAGUCUGGUCGCUCACAGGAAAGGCAAACCUCACAAGAGGAGGCUCAAGCAGCUGAAAGAAGGGCCUUACACUCAUGAGGAGGCGGCAGCUGCGAUAGGGUUCAGGACGGACAACGGGCCUCAAAAGACAAGGUCUCAAGAUGUUGAGAUGUCAUGAGCAUUACGUUGUCAAAAAGUUCAGACAGUUCUGUGGUCAAGAAAUUUCCGCGAACAUAUCUUUCAGCAUUGCAAAGGCGUUUAGGCGAGGGUCAUAAACCACACGAGUGGCGUCAAGGUUGGGAGGACGGGAAGUUGUUUGCGUGUCGCUAUUUGUCUCGGCGGUUCUUCGAGUUGGGUAGAUCAGGGCUUCGACUUCUAGACACAAAAAUGCCAUUGCGAUAG